AUGGAGGAAGAGGAAGAGGUCUCGUCUGAAAUACAAACCAGGCAACAACGGAUUAACAGAGACCACGAAGGAGUGCACGAGAAAUUGGUGAACGAUUAUUUUUCGGAUGCACCCCUUUACAAUGCCGAGAUUUCAGACUUGUACCAAGCUCAUGAAGCACGACAUGGGUUUCCGGGAAUGCUCAGUAGCAUUGAUUGUAUGCAUUGGGCGUGGCAUAACUGCCCGAAUGCGUGGCGAGGCCAAUAUACGCGAGGCGAUCACGGCCAUCCAACAUUAAUACUAGAGGCCGUGGCAUCACAAGAUUUGUGGAUCUGGCAUGCUUUCUUUGCUCUCCCCGGUUCACUUAAUGACCUUAAUGUGCUAUACCAAUCAGCGAUCUUCAGCGAUGUCGUAAAUGGAACCGGUCCGGACACUAGUUUUUUUUUUGUUUUUGGGGUUGAAUAUAGGUGCGGUAAUUAUCUUGCUGACGGAAUAUAUCCGUCUUACUCUACAAUUGUCAAGACUAUUCCAUACCCGGAGGACGAAAAAAGAAAAAAAAUCGCCAAGCGUCAAGAAGCGGCAAGAAAAGACGUCGAACGUUGUUUUGGUGUUCUACAAAGAAAAUGGCAAAUCAUUCAACAACCAGCACGUGCGUUCACACCAAAGAGGUUAUGCCUUUGUAUGUACGCUUGCAUUUUGCUCCAUAACAUGAUUAUUGAAGACGAAGGUCGGGCGAUUUGUGAGUAUAAUGAGAAUGCAUCUAUUGGGAAUACUGUCCCGGUAGAUCCGGCGCAACAGAAUUUAAACUCGUUCUCGCUAACCAACGAUUUCAAGCAUGCAAACCAUCAAUCUGAUUUGGUAGAACAUAUAUGGAACAACGCAAACGUCGGGGACAGUGAUGAAGACGAUAGCGAGUAG